AUGGUAGAAUUUACAUUAUUAGAAGAUGAUGUUUAUUUCCAUGAUUAUAUAGCAGAUUUCAUUCCUUUAUUUGUAUUAUCAAUUUUACUGGAAUUUGUUAUAAAUGUAUUUUUUAAAAAGAAAAAGAAUUAUCACUCAUUAAGUGAUUCAUUAAGUAGUAUGGGUACAGGUAUAUCAACAGUAGUUUUAGAAAGAAUUGUACCAUAUACAAUUUUAUCAUCAAUUGAAUUUGUAGGUGCCGUAUAUAUUUAUAAACAUUAUAGAUUUUUCGAUGUUUCCGAAUCUUCAAUAUUAGCCUGGAUAAUUUGUUUACUAGCUGUUGAUUUUGUUUAUUAUUGGUUUCAUAGAUUUGCACAUGAAAUUAAUUUUAUGUGGGCAACACAUGUUACACAUCAUUCAAGUGAUAAAUAUAAUUUAACAACAGCAUUAAGACAAAGUAUAUUUCAAAUGUAUUUCUCAUGGGUAUUAUUUUUACCAAUUGGAUUUUUCAUACCACCAGGUAUUUAUGUAUUUCAUAAACAAUUCAAUACAAUCAAUCAAUUUUGGAUUCAUACACAAUUGAUUGGUAAAUUAGCAUGGCCAAUUGAAUUUAUAAUGAAUACACCAUCACAUCAUAGAGUUCAUCAUGGACGUAAUCCAAAAUAUUUAGAUAAAAACUAUGCUGGUACAUUAAUAAUUUGGGAUAGAUUAUUUGGAACAUUCCAAGAGGAAGAUACUAUCACCAACACCACCACCACCACCACCAACACCACUGGUGAAAAUAAUAAUAAUAAUAAUAAUAAUAAUAAUAAUAAUAAUAAUAAUAAUAAUAAUAAUAAUGAAAAUCAACGUGUUUUCUAUGGGUUAGUACACCAAUUUGAAUCAAGUGAUCCAACAUGGUCACAAGUUCAUCAUUGGUUUGAAAUUUAUGAAAAACAAAAACAAUAUAACUCGGUUAAAGAGAAAUUGAAAUCAAUUUUCUAUGGGCCAGGUUGGAAAAAAGGUGAUACCAAUAGAAUGGGUGAUUUAUCAAGUAUUCCAAUACCAACUGAAAAAGAUGACCAAUUACGAAUUAAAGCAUCAUUAUCAACAUCAUUAAAUAUUUAUUUGUUUAUUCAUUAUUUUUUAGCAUCAUUUUUAGCAUUGUCAUUACGUUCACUAUUUGAGGAUAAAAUUGGAUCUGCAAAUGUAACUUGUUCUUUUAUUUUCGUAUAUUUCGGUUUAACUUCAUUUGGUGCAAUCUUUGAUAGAAAAUGGUAUGCAAUGAUAUUAGAACAUUUUAGAUUAUGGUCUUUCAUUCUAUACACUCUGUACUUAGAAUCAACCAAUCCAAUCAUAUCUCAACAAUUUCAAAUCAUCUCACUAUUAAGAUACAUUUAUUUCGUAUCUUCAUUAUUUUUAAUUUUAAAGAAAUUAUCACCUUUAUCAAUUCUAUCAAAUUAUUUAAAAUCUUCAAAGAAAUUAUUAAAUAAUAAAUUAGAUUAG